GGUCUCACAGUGUCUAUCUACUCCCCCUCCCCUUUUUCUCUUCCUCUCUCUCUCUGUGCACACACCCCACACACACAGUCUCCUCACACACAGACACGCUCUCCGCUUGCCUCUCCUUUCUUCCCUCCCUGUUUGUCUCCUCCACUCUCCGAUGCUGUUGUGGUGAACAGCAGGACACUCCAGGCUGAGCUGCAUGGAGGCGCAGGGAGGGGCAGGGAGCCCAGAGCCCAAUAAAGAUAUCCAGAAACUGCUGAAGCCCUCCAGCUCAGGCGACCUAUCCAAGGAGUUGUUCCAGCACACAGCAGGGGAGGAGGAGGGCGGCCUGUCAGGGCACACUGCUAGUCUGCUGCACAUCACUGAGAAGAGACAACCCUUGAGCAGUGUGUCUUCUUUGGAAGUGCACUUUGACCUCCUGGAUCUGACCGAACUGACUGACAUGUCUGACCAGGAGCUGGCUGAGGUUUUUGCUGACUCUGAUGAGGAGAACCACAACGAGUCUCCAGCAGGUAAGGUUCCCACCAGCCUGUGCUACCCAGAGGUGGGUACAUGCGCUCCCCCUCAUGGACACGCUGUAGCAAGGUUGAGCCACCACGAGAGAGAAAGCACCACAGCGACUCAGACACCGCAGAGCCCUUAAUGAAGCUGGAAAGGCCAAAGCAGCCGUGAUGUCUGAUGUGAAACAGCCAGACAGCAGAGAGAAAACUCAGAGCCGCCAGACACAGCCAGAGUGAGAACACGAAGCGGACCAAGAGGCCCGAAUUUGCCACCUUGCACUCACAUGUUUUAUGGUGCUGAAUAGAUGAGUUCAGUUUGAACUCUGGACACUGUUCUCGAACUAAAGAUGUGCAAUACACACACCCUCCUUCUCUCUCCCUCUCCUCUAUUUCUCUCUCUCUCUCACACACACAUAAACACACAACCAUUGUGCAACCAUUGUUUCAAGCAAGGGGUUCCUAAUGCACUCUGGUGCUUUAUGCUUUGUUUUCAAAUGACAUACAGGGUAGGAGGUCAGCAGAAUAACAGCACCUCUAUCCAUAAAGCCUCUCAGGGUGGGAAAUAGCCUGGAAAAUUAGAUAAGCACUAAAAGUGGUGUCGACUGUGCGUGACCAGACCUUCCAUGUGAAGUUCAGACACUGAGAUUUACAUUGAAAUGCCAGGACAUGAGGUGAAACAUAAAUCAAUAGAGCUGUUCAAAACAAAAUAUCACGCUGAGGCUACUACUUAAUGUGUUUCUUGCAAAUGUGAAAGGGUUUUCCACUGCUUGCAAAAUAAGGUAACUUCAGCAGAGGAAGUGGGUUUUGGUGAGGCCCAGCUCCAUACACUACACCUUCUCCAUCUAAAUGAAGAAUGUGUGGUGUAAUGAUAAUUGCCUAAAAAAAUACUGCACUUCUCUCACUGAAUAUUUAAGAUGCCCUCCAGAAUUAUUGGCAUUUGGUGAGAUGACUGGAAAGAUAAAUAGACCAAGUAGCAAGCUGGAUACAACAAAUUUUUCUAUUCUUGACUUAAUACUUUCUACACUAUUCUAAAUAUUUUUCUUUAUUGAAAUUUGUUUUGAUAUAUGUUUAUUUUCUAUUUUCUUUAUCAUUUUGACCACAAUG